AGUCAUAGCUUCUUUAAAAUAAAGAUCCAUGCCCUGAAAAAUAAGUAAAUGACACUUUUCAAUCCACUUUAAUGAAACCGUUACUCCCUAGCAAGGUUUUGUAUAUCCUGACAAAUUCAGCUCCCUCAAAAACCAAGAUUAAGCAAUUGAAUGCUGUUAGUGGCCUUGUAAGUGUAGUGGGAUUAGCGACGGAAAUGUUUCAGCUACCGACGGAACUGUCCGUCGUAAAUUUGAGGGUUAAAACGCAGAGCUUGAAGCUUAUUUCCUUUCAAUUGCGCAAAAUAGAAAACAAAAUCCUCUCUCUACCUCGCGCAAAGUCAUCUCGCAGCCGCAGCACAGCCUCAACCCCAACUACCGCGGCUUGCCGCUGCAGAGGAGAACCUCGCCGUCGUCGGUCACCUUCUUCCUGGAUUCUGUCUACAUGUUUCUGGAAGCAAAGUUGGUGCAGAUAUGAAUAGAGGCAAGGGCCGAGUAGGUCCUACUCCCAAACGUCGAUCCGCCCAUGCAGGUAGAGGAUCUUCCCCUUUCUGUAGGGGCACAUGCUCUUCAAGGCAUGGUUCAUUGCCGCUAUCUCGCAGGGCCCUGCCUCCUCCCGUUCAGUCAAUUGUAAAUCCUGGACAGAUGUUGGAUCCUAUGCAACGGAUAACUACCAGUCCAGCACUUUCACCAGCAUCACCAGCCCUCCCUCUACACCAUGUGGCACCUUCAAGGGCUUCUCCAGAGGCAUCACCAUCACAAGUAGGUCUGACAUCCGCUGCCACCUCUGCUCAUGCCACCGGUAGAGUGCCUAUACGCCAUGAGGGCAAUAUGUUGGAUUUGUCUCAUACUUUUUCACAACGGAUGACUAAGAUUUUCAAGGAGCGACUAGAUGUGGAAGGCUCAAGCUGGAAGAAGGUGAGCAAAAAUACAAGAGAGUUUUAUUGGAAGCGGUUUAAGAAAUACUUUCCAUGCGAUGAACCAAUAUGUGCCUUUACUGAGGAUGUGUGGCAAGACGAAGUGGCCGUGAGGUAUGAGAAUUUCCUCAACUCCCUUAGGGGAAAAGGAAAACAAUCCUAUAUUCCAGAUAAUGUCUGGAAUAAGUGGAAUGAGGACUGGAAAGUCUCAGAGUACCUUGCCGUGUCGACGCAGAACUCAAAGAAUCACCACAAAGAGAUGGAUGGCGAGGAAGUUGGUCCAUCACACCAAGCCGGUGGCUCUAUCUCACAUGCACAACAGAAGAAACGUAUUGCUAAAUUGAUUGGAUGUAAUCCUACAUCUGAGGAGUUAAUCAAGCGUACCCAUACAGAUAACCAUGACAGGCAUACCUUUAUUGACAAGCGGUCAAAUGAUGUUGCUAAGGGAUAUUUCGCACAACAGGGUACAGGAUGGAUGCAGGAGCAUGGAGUUUAUGAAAUUAGCUCCCAAGCUUCGAACUAUUAUUCCCAUGAAGGUCCAAGGUCGCCCAGUCCGAUGUUGCCUGCACAAGAUCCUGAUAAGGCAGAGAUGAUUCGUAAUUUGAAGGAGCAGAUCGAUGCUCAAGGGAGAAUAAUCAUGGAACUGCAACAAGAGCUGCAACAGAUGCAACAACAAUCUCUGGAAAUGAGAUCCGCCUGUACUACAUUCGCUUCUCAACCUGCUCCAUACCUUAUUGCUCCUAUUUCCAAAAUCGGCAGCGACCAACCAGCAGAUGGACCCAGAUCAGGUGAGUAACGACUUGAUUGGGGAGAUGCCAUGUUGUAAACUUAAUUUCAUUUUUGUUAUAUUGUGUAUAUUUAAUGACUGACUACUUUUACUGUAAAUUGUAUACAAUUGGUUUUAAUUAUUCAAACAAUUAAUUGUGUAA